UCAAUGAAUAAACUUAAACUUAGGUUCCUUUAAUUUUAAGUGCCGCAAACAGAAAAAUAAAAACUUUGAAAGUCCAGCAGCCUACGGAAUGAAACAGUGGGUGUGGAAGCACCUUGGAAGUCUCAUAAAUGAGACGCAAAAGCACGCAAGUCAACAUGACAGUGACAAGUAAUGACCCACAACCUCAUCAGUCAUCACCUCAUAUAAUGCUAAUAACAGAGUCUGAACUCUUAUCAUAAAACUCUCAUCUUUCCGUCACGUUGCUUUACUAUUCUCUCCCUUUUCAAGGUCACCUAGACAAAAGAUGCUUCCUCUCACCCUCUAGGAACCUGUCUGGAACCUCACCAUUUCUGACAAAUUGACAUUCAUUCUCUCUCAUCAUUCGUUUCUCUAUAUAUUCCCUCUUACACUUCACUCUCCUCUCAACCAAAUAUCCUUCUCUCUCCUCUAAACCGAGCUUCUCAUUCUCGCACUUAACUUGCAUCUUCAUCACCAGUAGUUCUGCAGAAUAAAACCAAGUAUGGAAAACUUUGCAUCCAGCAUCAAUGGUGAUGAACUUUGCUUUCAAACUACAAACCAAUCCUUCUUCUCUGGCUCUCUUCCUUACCAGCAGAGACCAUUAUUCAUGAGUACUUUGAGCUCAACCAUAUGUUCAAAAUCAUCAUCAUCACCAAAGUCUUCAUCGAAUUUAAGCAACAGGAAGCCGUCUAUAAAUAUAACUAUCCCUCCCAUGGGCUUAAUGAGGAUGAGCAAAUCUGAUGAUGCCACAGUUGCAGAGGACAAUAAUAAACACUACCGAGGAGUUCGACGGCGGCCGUGGGGGAAGUUCGCGGCGGAGAUCCGUGACCCGACUCGAAAGGGGUCGAGGGUGUGGCUCGGAACCUUCGACACAGCCAUGGAAGCUGCAAAAGCAUAUGACAGAGCAGCGUUCAAGAUGAGAGGAAGCAAAGCUAUUCUGAAUUUCCCUCUUGAGAUUGGAUCAGCGAGUUCAGAAGAAGAAGAAUCUUCUAAGUCCACUACAGUGGAAAAAAAGGUGGUGGUUGGUGAGAAAAGGAGGAGAGAGGAAGAAGAAGAAGAGAGAGAAGUACAGGAUCAGAAGAACGAAGAAUUGAAGAAGAUGAUGAAGAAGAAGGAGGAGGAGGAGAUUGUUUCUUCUUCUUCUACAACCACGGCUGGUCCGUUAUCGCCGUCAUGGUGGAAGGGGUUUUGGUGGGAUACAGAGGCUGUGAACACUAUUUUCAGUGUUCCUCCGUUAUCGCCGUUAUCUCCUCCAAUGAUGGUUAUGUGAGGUAGAAGAAAGGAAAAAAGGAAAAUAAAUUAUUAAAGAUAAGAAUGAGUGAUGACGUUUUAUCACCAAAAAAAGAAAAAAAAAAAAAAGAAAUGAGUGAUGAUGCAAAUGCUUAUCCUCUUCAGAAAUAUAGAAUUGAGUGUGAUUUGUUGAUAUGUAACGAGAUAUAGAUUAGUUGUUGGCAAGUACAUGCAUAGAGAGAGUAGUUAUUAGGAUUGGACUUUGAGUAUGGUGGUUUUUCUUUUCUUUUCUUUGGUGUAAAAUUUUUUGUAUUAAAUUUAUUUGUUGAUUAUUUUAAAAAUUAUUAAAUUUUAUCCUAUUCAUUUCUAUAUUUAUACAUUUAAAGAUUCCUUAUUUCUA